GGUUGUUCAUUUCCAAAAUCUUACUUCGAAAAUUUGUCAACAUACUGUCAAAAUUACUUGAUAUAUUCUUAUGCAGCUGGUGAAAUAAACUAUAAGGACUUGGCUUUACUACUAACCUAUCCGACCGGGGAUUCGUCUUUCUCGUCACCCCAUCACGCUGAAGAGAAACCGCCUUCUACUGUAUUCCGAAGCUUCAGCUUUCACAAUCUGAUUAAAUGUCUCAUUAUGGCACAUUUUCUGUCUAAAGUUGCCCGAAAAAUGGGCCUACUUGGUGUUCGCAUCACGGUGGUGCGCUUUUCUCGCGGCAAAGUACGCAUUAUCCAGUCGGUCUUUCCAUCCGAUGAUUGGGAAAGUAUUCUCCCUGAGGAAGAACAAGGACCUGCGUUGGAGAAGGAUCAAUGGUGAGGCUGGAUUGACUGUGAGAUAUAAAGUAUAGAAAGGGCACUACAAAUCCAUCGUUCACCACCCCGUCGGUACCUGAACUACCUGUGAUAUAAACUCUCAAUAGGCCGAAUCCUCUUCUCCAAUACCAUGGACUUGAUCACAAGCCUCCAGAAUAUCCUGACGAGUAUCUUUGAUCUUGAUACCAUCCAGCUUACUGUUUGGACCACUUCAAUUUCCGAAGUCAUUAAAUAAAAAAUCUACAGUGGGAAUUCAAACCAACUGGAGGCAGAAAUGCUUGUAAUUUUCUCAGCCGUCAAACAACCGCUCUGUGCUUCAUUUUCAGGUCUCUUGUUCUUCCUGCUACCAGAGACCGGGUUCAGAUAUUCGUGGUGGGCACUGCAGACACAAAUCGAUGUGAACCACGUAAGGCC